AUGGCUCUCCCAAAUCUGCCUUCUGGUCCACGUCCAAAAGACCAGAAUGAUGAUUUCCUUCCUGUAUACUGUAAGAUGUUCGAUAAUGUGGAUCUUGAAACCAUUUCCAUUCUUCAAUUAAAUGAGAUGGCACGGAAGAUUGGGCUUGUCAGAUCUGUUUCAUUCUACUCUAUUAGUGAGGUUAAUGGAGUGGAGAAGAUAGGGGAAGAUCGAGCAUUUUGCCUCAUGUGUGUUGAGGCUUUGGAUGGCAAUAGAUUAGUUGUGGUUUAUGCACUUGAUGAAGAUGAAGAACGAUGUUUUGCUAGAAAUGAUUCAUUCACGCAUGGUGACCCUGAUGAUAGUGAUGAUGAAGAUGACUUCCAUGGAGUUUUGGAAGAGUAUGAGUGUGAAUCUUCAGAAUUUGAAUGUUAUUGUUAG